UUUGACUGCAAUGGAAAAUUUAUUUCAGAUAGUAUUUGUUUCCUGCGUUUGAGUUUUUUUAUUAAAUUUUUUUUUUCGUUUCAUAAAUGUGUAAUUAUGGCAACACUUAUUUCUGUCAACACGGAACACUUUUGUUUCUGCAUGCAGUGAAAUUUGUCUAAAAUAUAAAAGCAAAUAUCUAAAUAAUUACUGAAAAAUAAAUAUGUAGAAACAAUGUAGUGAAGGCUGAUCACAAUUAAAAAGAUGGCUGAAAUGAAGGACGCUAAGUUAAAAAAGGAUAAAAUAAGGCGGCGGGUAAAACCUAAUAAGAAAUGGACAGAAGAAGAAGUGGGACAAGUUCUUAACUAUUUGCAGGAGCAUCCGUCGUUUGAAAUGCCUUCUGCACAAAUUUUUUACAAAAAAUUACUAUUAGAAACAGGAAUCUCAGCAGAUUGGAAUUUAGUUCGGUGGAAAGUACGCAACAUGCGCACCGCAUACAACAAAGCAGAGCAGUGGAGAAAUGGGACAGGCGUCGGCCUGUUAGAGGAACAAGGUAUCGAAAGUAUUGAUCAAAAACUGAGCAAGAUGUGUCCCCAUUAUAAGCGAUUGCAGAGCAUAUUUUUUAAGAGCAAAUCGGCAGACUCGACACAGUACGUGUUCCAGUCCGAAGAUGGUACAACUAAUCAUGGUGAAUGUGAAAUUAUUCAGCAGAGCGAAUAUGGCAGUGGUAGUAUGUUCGUUGACGAAAUUGCGACAACGACUGAAAGCGAACAUGAUAAUGUAUUUUAUACGUUGCCGAAUGAUAUCGAAAUUGCAACACCAGUUUCUUCUUAAUGAGCUCAAAAUAUAAAUGACAACAAGGCAGUAGAAUUCGCUGAAAAAAUGAGGAAAUCGGCACCGAAAACAGCAAUUAGCGAAUUAUCUGCACUACAAUCGGAAAGAAAUGAGCUACAAAUGCAACGCUUAGAAUUAGAAAAGGAGAAACACAGAGACUACAUGGAAAGGGAGGAAAAACGGAUAAGUAUAGAAAAGGAAAAGUUUGUUUUUGUUUAUUAAAUUUAUUUUUAACUUAAAAAACUUGUACUGUUACUAGUCAAACAUCAUAUGGUAUAAACCUUGUCUCUUCAUUUCGAUUUCCUGUCGGGUAUUAGUUUGGAAUUCUUCUUCUGGUUGGUUUGGUUCUCGAUUUUCUUGAUCGACAAAUAUUGUCUCUAUUUCCUUUUGGUUUAAUAAAAUAUUGUGCAAAAUGCAGCAGACUCGAAACCAAUCACAACAAAAUUUGUGACUUUCUCUGUUUUGAAUUCGCAUUCUGAGCUCCUUUAGACUACCAAAUUUCUCUUUUAACAACCCAAAACAAUUUUCAAUUCGUACGCGAUACUUACUAUGGCGUCGAUUAAAUUCGUUGCCAUAUAUCAUAAUAAAAUUUUAUAGAAAUUAAGCAUUGACUGUGAAACGCAAACGACUGCUCAGUUUGCAACAAUGCUUAGCUAAGAUUUUAUUUAGGCACAAUUUAACCCAUUUAGACCUGAAACUAUUUUUUUUAAUUGAAGUGUUUUGUGUCUAUUUUUAUUAGUCCUAGGGUAUCACAGAACGCAAAAAAAAAAUGUUUAAAAAAAUUACAUUUCUACAGGUUAGGUAGAAAAGGUCGUAUCGUAUGUGAUACAGUAGGCUCAUAUAUAUGCCAUAAUACCAAAGUUAGCAGAGAAGUUAUUUAUUGUUAAAAUUAUAAUUAUAUGUUAUAUUAUACGUUAUUUUUUAGUAUGAUAAGCUAGAAAACAGUUGACAUGUAAACCAACAUCGCACUUGAUGCAUCUUGCAGGACACAAUCGAUGACAUAACCCACACCUAGUCCUUUUAUUUUCCGGCUGAUUGAUUGCAUAGUGACCUAUAUUAUCAAACCUGGCAUCAGUAGUAAGUGAUGAUGGUCUACUCGGCCCUGGUUUACUUCUCAGCCUAUUAGACUCUAUAAGUGCAAUUGCUACACGGCGUCUGAAUGUUAACAUAUCCAUGCCACCGCCAUUGUAUCUGAGUAGAAGCCAAGCGUUUUGGAGUGGCAUAUCAACACACUGCAAGAUGAGGGGCAUAUACCACUUCUUACCACGAAUACUUGUUCUGAGUGAUGAUAUGUUUUGGUCUGACAGAUCUCCACCUCCCAUGUUCUGAUUGUACUGGUGUAUCAAAUGUGGCUGAGAAACGGUUAUUUUCUUUUUCUCUUUUUGAGAAUACUGAUCUGUUUUGUGCAACGGGGUUAUACCAACCGCAUUUGAGCAAACUGUCACCAUGCUAUUAUCAUGCCAUUUACAAAUUAUAAUAUCAUCGCAUACACGACAGUCGAAAAAUCCCCUAUCCUUCUUUUCAGCUCUUUAUUUCCUAAUAAAGGGCAAUUACUGGUCCUAUUUUCUCUUAUAGUCCCGGUUACUCGUAUGUUUCUCUUUGUUAGUUCUUCAAUCAAUGGCAGUCCAGUAAAAAAAUUAUCUAUAAACAAAUGGUAAUUUCCUCCGAGAUUUAGUUUGCUAAGUAUAUCAGUAUAUGUGAGAACUACACUGGCACCAAGACCCAAUUCCGCGUACUGAGAGUUCAAAUUAGUGGUUGCACCUUGAUAUGGCUCAAACCAUAAUAUAUAGCCACUUGAUGUCGCGCUCACCCAAAGUUUGAAACCAUACCUUAUCGGUUUCCCACGUAUAAAUUGCUUGCAUCCAUGUCGUCCAAAGUAUGGCACCAUAGCCUCAUCAACACUAUGAUUUUCUUUGUGUGGACAAUGUCUCAAAAAUUCUUCGGAUAUUUUUUUCAUAAGUGGACGUACUUUAGCAAAUUUGUCAGAUUUAUUUAAUUGUAAAUUAUCAGCACAGUGCAUAUUUGAAAAAUGACUGAAAAUCUGUCACGAGAUAAUGCACUGACAAUAAGAUCAUUUUUCGUAUCAGGUGAA